CCUGACACCUGAUUGCAACAGGACCCCCAGCAGUUCCCAAAACUCCUAGGAAAAAAGAGCUAAAGCUUCAGCAGCCUCUGAGCAGCACAUUCCCCCGGACUCCUCAGCGCAGGUGAAGCAACAAGUGAUCAACAGCGCCGUCUAGCGCCCAAUUCUGCAAUUCUCCGCCACCUCCACCGGUAGGUGCAGCCUAUUUACAGAGACAGUGAGAAAAGGAGACAUUGCGGACGCAUUCCUUCCAUUACACAGCAGCCUUAUUAAUGCCUUUAAUCUCUUGUCCAAAGCAAAUCUUACGGUUUCGAACAAAUGUAAACAUGUCGGAGUGAUUCAGAAGGCCCCGGUAUUUACGAUGACGAGCGCAGCCGGUGGAUCCUGGCUGUCACGUGAUGGAAUGGCAGCGAGUGACUGAGUGACAGUCAUGGUCUGGGGGACCGAUUCAUUGAUUUAUUUAAAGCGACACUGACGUUUUUGUGAAAUUGCAUUGAAUAGUAGAACAGAUAAGGGGGUACAUAAUGUUUAUAGCCCAAUGAUAGUAAAGUAAUAUUUAAGACUGUAUGUGGUUCCCUUAAAAACAACCCCCCCCCACCUUUCUUUUCCCAGCAUAUUUCUCCAGCAGCUGCAGUCCCAGCCACAAUAUCGCAGGGCAAACUGAUCUAGGGGGAAACACCUGUUCUUAUCCUAACAUGAAAAAAGGUGGGAAGUUUGCCCAGGACAGACUUCAAACCGUCUAACCUAUAUCCAUCCCUCCAGCGCCUUGUAAAAUAAAGCCAUAAAAUAUACGGUAUCACUUUACCAAAGAUCUCUUUUUUUUCCAUUGGACUUACACUAAAAUUGUGCCCUUGUCUUGUUGAAGUGCUUGAGAGAUGAACCUGAUAGCUUGUUACCUGCUAUGUGUUAGCACAGGGUAUAUAGACGAUGUGAGCUGCGAGUCUGAGCCCAGAGGGGAUAUAUCUCCUGCGCCAGAUUCACAGACGCACAUGGUUGUGCGCUCAGGACGCAUAUAGAAUCGCAUCUUAAGUUUUUGCCAAAGAUGAACCAUGUCUCCCCUCCCUGAUAUAUACAGGUUUUUUCCCUUUUCAUAAUAAAAGAGGCAGUGCGAUUUUUUUUUAAACUUCAAAAGUAGCACAUGGAUCAGAGGGGGGGGGGACCCUUUAGCCAAGGGGAAUAGUAACGAGGUGGGGCUUGUAUUUAAAUCUCCAGUAAGUGAAUGUGAAGGGGAGUGUGUUAUGUAUAUAAAGUGCAGAUUUCAUCUCCCUGCUAGACAGAGCCAGCUAUGAAAGGCAAGAGGAGAUUAAUGAAGAGGCACCAGACUGCAGCUCUCCAUGAGAACAAGGUUACUGGUGCUGGGCACUGCCACACAGAGGGGCUACAGCUGGAGCGCACUGGCACACUGACAAGUUGAUGGGCAUCGCCAGCAAACGCAUCUGAUCGCUUUGACUCUGUUGACAAACAGAAUUAUUAUUGUUAUUUUUAUUUUCCUUUUUGAAGUUGCGAUAAGACAACGUGUGCCCCAUUCCUGCCAGUCUCUUGCCAUGGCUGAGAUUGGGAGCGUUUUGGAUUUUCAUGGAUCGACCUCUUCUAUUGGGAAUGUGCCUUUAGCCGACUCUCCCGGCUUUCUCAAUGAGAGACUGGGGCAGAUAGAAGGGAGGCUGCAGAGAGGGUCCCCUAUGGAUUUUGCCCACCUGAAGGGCAUCCUAAGGAGGAGGCAACUUUACUGCAAGACUGGAUUUCACCUGGAAAUCUUUCCCAAUGGGACUGUACAUGGCACAAGGCAGGACCACAGCAGAUACGGGAUCCUGGAAUUUAUCAGCCUUGCUGUUGGACUUGUUAGCAUUCGUGGUGUGGACUCUGGACUGUACCUGGGCAUGAACGAGAGAGGCGAACUGUAUGGGUCGAAGAAGCUGAACAGAGAGUGCGUUUUCCGAGAGCAGUUUGAAGAAAACUGGUACAACACCUAUGCCUCCACCUUGUAUAAACAUCCAGACUCGGACCGGCAAUUGUAUGUGGCUUUAAACAAAGAUGGCUCCCCAAGAGAUGGAUACAGGACUAAACGAUACCAGAAGUUUACAAACUUCUUACCAAGACCGGUGGAUCCUUCGAAAAUACCAGUUAUGUACAGAGACCUUUAUCACUAUAGGUGAUAUUCCCCAGCUGCUCGUACGACAUGUACAUACCCAGGUCCCUUGCUAGACUGCCAUUUUAAAAUGCUUCUUGUAUAAAAACAUGAUCCCUUUAAAGGGUGGCAAGAGGGCAUUUUGAAAGGUUGGAGAGAGAAGGGAAAUAGAGCCUUUUGAAUAUAGACCACUUUAUCUUUUUAUUAAGAAGAUGCUUAAGUUUGUAAAUAUUCUAAGACAAUAGGUACUCUGUACCAAACUCUACCAUCAAACUUUACCACUGGUUCCUAGUCUACUUUUACCACUGGUUCCUAGUCUCUGGAACUUUCUAUAAAUAACCAUUCCUGUGCUUGGUUGAGUUAAGAGAAGACCUUCAGUAGUGAGGCCAUAAGGAAGGCCCUUGCCGCCAUAUUGAGCCUUUCAUUACAGAGUUCUUCAGAUAAGAGAGUGAUAGUAUCGUCAUUGUAAAAGGGAACAGGUAUUUGUUCAUGCUUAAAGAAAAACAGCCAAAGGGUGAGAUUCUUUUUGGAAUCUCUGAUAACUAGAAGCAGGAUUAUGUGUACAACGUGGAGCAAUACUGGUACUGUGGUAUACAGAUGUUUGAAAUCCCCCGCAAUACAAGAGUUUUACAGAAAUAAAUGUUAGAAUAAACUGAGCUUAGGAAUUCACCUCUAGUAACCAUACCACAAAAGCUACUUAACGACUGUGAAAAAUAUCACUGAAUUCAUCCACACACAAAAGCUGAACAUUUGACUAGAAGCUCCUGGGAGCUGGGACAUCUAAAGAUGGCUGAAAUGCUCAUUAUUUCAGAUUUCAGUGGGAAGAAAAACAUUCCAAGAUAAGAUUGAUAAGUUAAUGGCCAUCAUUUGGCCCUUCAGAUGUUGCUGAACUCCAAGUAUCCCUUGAUAGCUUAUGGCUUGAAGGUGUAGUUUUAAUAAUAUCUGAGUGGCCACAGAUUGAUAGGUCCAACCUCUGAACAACUGCUGACUUCUGAAGACAAGUGCAUCUCUUUUUAAGGACCACUAUACCUUCAUUUGUUUACAUUCCUUAUGCUUUGUCUAGUGGAAAUAUUAAGAGGUGAAUGUAUAAUUAGUUUACUCGUGUCUCUUUUACACUAGCAACUCUCCCAUUAGCUUUCAAAUUUAGCCUAAGGUAGCAUUGCCUCAUUAUUCAUUGGAUAGGCUUUCCAGAAGACUCAGCAUCACUUCCCAUAAACCUCAUUUUGAUUUAUAAUCCCUAACAAGAAACCAGAAGUGGGCGUAUGCCAGCAGGCCAACACAUGUGAUCUGACGUCUUUAUGAAGAAUGCCAUAAUAGCUGGGCAAGACCCUAAGUUUUCUCAUGGCCUGUAUAGAAAUGUACCAUGCAAUGAAAGUAACAUAAGUAUUAAAGAAAAUUCAGUAUGAGGGUAUAGUGGUCCUUUAGAUCAAAUAUAAGCCACUAGCAGCCUCCCAAAUAGCCUCUGUACUAAAUAACAAAUAUAUUAUAGGCAGGUUUCUUUCCUCAAGUAGGGAAAGUAUAUUCUCCCUGUGUUAUUCAGGACUCUCAGAAUUGCCACUAUGUGUAAACUAAGACCAAGUGUAUACUUUUAUAACAAAAAAAAUCCCCCCCCCCCCAGAAAAGGUCUAAACACAGAUCCACUUAUCUAUCGAGCACACAUACCACGAACCAUCUCAGUUCUUAGAAACGGCGGCACUUAAACGUUGAUGCCAAAAUUAUUGUGUAUAGCAAGUAUUGUUGGUAUUGGAUUUUUGCAUGUACUUCAGUUUUAAUGUCAUCUCAGAGUUGGAGAUAUUUUAAGGUAUGGUGAAGACAGCCGAAAAAAAUUUGUAAGAUACUGAGACAAUAAUAUACAUAUAUAGGCUGCAAAUACGUGCUAUCAUACAGUGUCUACCAAUUCUUUUUAUUUUUUUGGGCAUAGACUUAUAGGAAAAUGAAGUGGAGCACCUAAAGUUGGGAGUUGUGGCGUAACAGCAUAGGAGUGUUGGCAUGCCUAGGAGCUCCCUGGGGGGUAAAUACCUACACUCUGCACUGGAGCUUGUAGACCACUGUCCCCUAGUCCUGGGCUGCCAACUUUCCUAAGAAUAAAUGUUGGCCUUUCUGUUACCUUUUGUUUUAACAACAUUAGCAUGAACCAGCACUGGCCAGGCCAACUAUACCCACCACCAUACCCAGUUAUUCUUAUUCUAAAGGCAGCUGGUUCAGAGGGGCUCAGGCCUGCCACCUUUGUGACUGCAGAGACCUCUGCAGCUCUGCCCCUAUUAAGAACUUGACGUAUCACCUCCCAGGUUACUACAACUGUCCCAGACAGAUUCAUUUCCAUCUGUCCAUCAAUGAGCAUUAUCUUCUAAGAGGAUCCAAAACCCAUUAGAAAUUGGAUACAGUCAUUUGCUGUUCAUUUUUUGGAACUGGCUUUCCCAGCAUUCUCCCCAAGUCCAAUGAAAGACGUUCUCCAGAAGUGCUACUUUCGGAGUAUGGAAAUACACGGAACUUAAUCCUCCUCAAUACACGAUGCUCCUGUUUUCAAGGAACGUUACUAAAGAUACAAGCAUGGACACUGUGCAUAAGGACGAAAAAAAAACUAUUUAUGAAAUGUAUAUGAUAUUUAUUUUAUAUAUUUAUUUAUUUCAAAUAAUUUUAUUUUUAAUGAGAGAUGCUUAUGACCAGAUUUUUCAUCAGGAGGAAGAAAAAAAAAAAGUCCUACUGAAACAUUAAUAACUAAGAAUAAUUUUGAAUGUCUAAGAGCUUAUCGGCAAUAAAAUUGUCUUUAUAUUGUAAA